AUGAGGUCGCGAUCUUCGCUUUCUGUGGAGGAGCUGCGCGAAAUUACGCAAAAGAUGAAUCUCUCUACUUCCAUGCAAGCUAAAACAGCUCCGAAAAAGACGCCAUUCGGCCGCUCCUACUCCGCUCCAGUAGACCUCCAAGCUCAUGCUCAGCGCCGCGCCGCACCAGCUCCAAUUCAGGCUCAUGCUCGUUACGGAUCUACCGGCUCAACCGGCUCCACUGGAUCAUACUCGGACGGCUCUAUAAGUUCCUCCGGCUCAUCCGCAACCUAUGUGGACCACUUGCCCACUACUGGGCUGAUUGCCAUCGCGCCACCCAGCAGAUACCACACCAGCAGGAUGCCGCUCAGAAGAGUCACGUUCAACGAAAGAGUUGAGGUCUUCGAACUUUACAAGCCGGAGCCUGUUGCUCAUGCUCCAGCAGAUAGACAAUUGAAAAUUCGAGCGAUAAAGAAGGACACGAUUAAAUUUCAUGAUCAGGUCCAGAAACCCGUCCGCCGCCCGACAUCCCGAGUCCAGCGCCGCAUGACUUCAUAUAUCAAGGACAAGCUGAAAUCCGUUUGA